AAAAUUUAAAAGAAAUUGAAAAGUUGUUACCGGUUGUUACUUGUGAAUUAAUUAAACUGUUUUAAAAGAAAAUUUUUGAUAAAAUGGAAGUUCAACAGGUAGACACUACAUUCGAUUUUAAUUCUAUGAAGAUAGAUUUAGUAAAAGCAAUUCAUGCUUGCUCACAAAGGGGAUUAUCUCAUUCAGUGAAAUGGUUAUCUGAAAUUAAUUUUUCUUUAAAACACAUACAAUUAUCUAAAGAAGACACUGCAGCCAUAUCAGACGAUCUAGAUGAAGAAAUAGAUGCCUAUUUAGUAGCUAAAUCGUAUUUUGAUCUAAAAGAAUACGAUAGAUGUUCUUAUUUUGUUAAAGACUGUGUGAAACCCAAAUCGCGGUUUCUCUAUUUUUAUUCCAAAUAUUUAUCCAUCGAAAAGAAGAAAAUAGAAGACAAUAUGAUAGAUACAAAUUCCUCUCACGAUCCAACUAAAAAUGAGACGUUAGUUGAAUUGUAUACUACUUUAAAGAUAGAAUGUUUUGAGAACAGAUUAGAUGGAUAUUGUUUAUAUCUGUAUGGAGUGGUUUUAAAGAAGCUUGAUUUAGUAUCUGUUGCUAUUGAAGUGUUUGUCAAGUCUGUUAUUGCUGAACCUAUGUUAUGGAGUGCUUGGUUUGAGCUGGGAAAGAUAAUUCCAGAUAAGAAUUUUAUUUUUUCAGUAGCAUUACCAGAACAUUGGAUAAAAUCCUUCUUUUUAGCACACACUUUUCUUGAACAACUAAAUAAUGAAGAAUCUCUUCAGAUGUAUAAUAACUUUUUCUCCCAAGGUUUUCAAAAUUGCACCUAUGUGUUAUCACAAAUUGCAAUAGGGCAUCACAACAGAAGAAACUUAAAUGAUGCUAUUGAAAUUUUCCAAAGAAUAUUGGAAAUCGAUCCAUAUCGUUUGGACAACUUGGAUACUUAUUCAAAUCUUCUGUAUGUACUUGAAAAGAAAAAAGAACUAGCUGAUUUAGCACACAAAGUUGUUAAUAUAGAUAAAUAUCGUGUCGAAACAUGCUGUGUUAUAGGGAAUUACUACAGUUUAAGAUCAGAUCAUACAAAAGCUGUCCUAUAUUUUCGUAGAGCAUUAAAACUUAAUCCACAAUUUCUCUCAGCCUGGACGUUAAUGGGUCAUGAAUUUAUGGAAAUGAAAAAUACAAAUGCUGCUAUACAAAGUUAUAGACAUGCUAUUGAAAUAAAUUCUAGAGACUACAGAGCUUGGUAUGGAUUAGGUCAAACUUACGAAAUUUUAAAAAUGCCCAACUAUUGUCUACAUUAUUACAAACGAGCACAACAGUUAAAGCCAAACGAUAGUCGGAUGGUUAUAGCAUUAGGAGAAGCUUAUGAAAAAUUAGAUAAGACUGAAAAUGCGUUGAAGUGUUAUUAUAAAGCUUGUAAUCUAGGUGAUGUCGAAGGCACUGCUUUACUAAAACUGGCAAAAUUAUAUGAUAAAUUAGAAAUGGUUGACAGUGCAGCCGAUGCAUUUACAGAAUUUUGCUUGAGGGAGGAGGAUAAAGAAUCAAGGUGUGUAGAUGAUCAAGCUGAAUUUUUUAAUGCACUGCAAUACUUAGCCAAUUACCAUUUGAAGAAGGGAGAACUAGAUGAUGCAUACACAUAUGCCUACAAGUGUAUAGAAUGUGAAGAGACCAAAGAACAGGGUAAAGCACUAUUAAAAACCAUAGCAGCAAAACGAACUGAACAAGAAUCAGCUCCACCGAGAAUGACUGAAUCAAGUACCAGUCAUAUGGAUAUGAUAUUUUCCCCCAAUCCAUAGUUUUCAAAGUAGUUAAUAUUUGGAAAAGUUCUAUUUACCGAGUAUAUUUUUUGUAUAUAUCUAAUAUAUAAUAAAU